AUGAUACGAGCUCUUAAAAGAAGGCGUAUUAACGAAGCCGGAGCACAAGCUCGAAAAGCAGACGAUCAAAUGUACACUUUCUACUUUUUGGUUGAUACUACAAUUAAGGCUUCCCUCUUUGAUGCUCUUGAACGCUUCAACCAAACUAGCUUUGCAAUUGAGCGGGCAGUUUCUCGAACUAACACAAGACCUAGCAGUAAUAGCAGGAUUCACUCGGAACCAGAAGAAAAAGAAUCGAUGGCUGAAAUGGUAAAUAUCAACAAUUCCUCCGAAUUACUAGGUGUUGAUUCAACGCGUCAGAGUGGUGUUGGUAUACCUUCUACAACGGCCUUUGACCGACAAACUACGAUUGAGAGUUCACCAAAUAGCGCAAAUAUUUUGACUGCAAAUUCUGUUGCUGCCUCUCAAGAGAAUAAUAACAAUAGCAAUAAUAACAACUUGAGCGCUUCAAACGAAAUAUCUUCGUCAACGACAACAACGAAUCCAAUUGUUACUGCUUCGAUUGCUGCUACUAGUGUUACCAGCGCUACCAAUGUUACUAGUGCUGGUUCUAGUGCUGCUACUGCUACAUCAGGUCCGGGAGAAGCUAUAAGUCCAACACCGUCAAAUAAAAAUAAACCUUACGUAUGUCCGGAAUGCAAUCAAACAUUUAGUCGACAACACAAUUUAAAGUCGCACGCUUUAACCCAUUCACAAGAAAAACCAUUUCAAUGUCCCACAUGUAACCAUUUUUUCAGACGACAUCAUGACUUAAAGCGUCAUCUUAAAUUACAUACAGGUGAAAAACCAUAUGGUUGCCAACAUUGUAAAAGAAAAUUUGCAAGAUUGGAUGCAUUGAAUAGACAUCUUCGUGCUGAAAGUUUUUGUGGUGGCCCUCAGAAAAAAUUAUAUCAGAAUUCAACUGGUGGUGGUGUAGAUCAGAAUUCGAAAAUUGAACUGCAGUCAUUGCAAACUUCUCAGCAACAACAAUCAAUUCUUGCUGGAAAUACCAAUACUAAUAAUACCACUACCUCAAUCGCCACAACACCACAACCUCACGUGGUAAUUCAAUCACAACAACCGAAAUCAACCACAUUGACGCCACCUCAAAUGCAUUCUCAGUCCCCGAAAUCGUCUCAACAGCAACUUUUGCCACAAUCUAAUGGAGGCGGUGGCGGCGUUAUCAUGAAAACUGAAUUGCAACAUCAUAAACAACUUCCUAUUCUCCAUAAUCUUAUUAUUCCAAAUAAUGUUUCGCCUGCUGCACAGACAUCACAGUAUGUAGUAGAUCCUGCUAAUUCAACAUCAUCGAACAGCACAACCACAACGUCGACCGCUGCUCCUUCAACAUCCCAGCCUUCAUCCACUCAUUAUCAACAAAUGCGAUAUACUCCAAUGAACUCUAUUGAAUAUAGUAAUCAUUCCUCUUCUACCGCUCAAGAAUCAUCUUCAUCCCGAAGGAUUAACGAAUUUUCAACGAUUCAAAUGGAAAACGAUGAUGGAAUACUUCGAUCAGGUCCAGCUUUUGAACGUGAAAUGAAAUUAAUAGAGAGAAAUGCUUACUUAGAAACACGUGUCAGUGAACUAGAAAAGGAGGUUGCUAUAGAGCGUAAAGCACAAGCUCGUAGAGAAUUUCUAGAGAGAAGAGUGAAAGAACUGGAAAUAGAGAAAACUCUUUUGAAAAAUUUACUGCUUGAGCGCGAUACUCAUACCGGUUUGGCCAAUGAAAAGAAGCGAAAGGCCUCGACUUUGAUCGUUGAACACACCAACUCACCUAAACAUCAUAAAGACGACGAUGGUGUAAUAUAA